CUUCCGGCUCGAGCCUUCACAUGGCGGAGGGUGAAGCCCAGGUCCUGGUGUUGGCUGUGGAGCGGUACCUGAGGGACCGCACGGGCCCGGGCCCGGGCCCGGCCUCGGGCUCCGGCUCCUCCCUGUACGAUGUGACCGUGACGGGGCUCGGGGUCCCGGUCAAAAAGUACCUCCUGUCACCGCAGCUGAACCGCCUGGUGCAGAGGAACCUGCUGAGCUCCGGCUGCCUCCUGAGGGUCAGCCGCUUCUCGGCGCUGCCGAACGGGGUGCCUGUGAUCGAGAGGGCCGAGGCCCUGGGAGCAGCCUCCCCGGCUCCCGCUGCCGGGCUGCCCGCCUCCCUCCCGGGUUCGCGCCCUUUAACCACCUGCAGACGGCACUACCUGCCCCUCUGGGGCGACAGUGAUUAUUACGGGGAGGAGUGGAGGGCGAUGGGCUGCGAGCAGGAGGAUGUCAGCACUGAAGGUCUAAAGAUAAUCACUCUAAAGGAGCUGGAGAUGACUUGGAAGGGAAGGUGGAAGUUACCCCCAUUAUUGGUGAAAGUCAUGUACAAAUCCAGAUUACGGCAUUAUGGAAAACCUUGCAAAAAUGUUGAUUGGCCUUAUCAGGCAAGUGAUUAUCCUGUGCACUAUUGAAUCUUUAAGUUAAGCUUGUUGGGUGAGUAUGAAAUAAUAGAAGCCUCUAAUUUUAAGACCAAAAGUAACUACCAACAUUUGUAUGAAACUUUUAAAUCCAUUUUUCUACUAAUUAUAUACCGCACAAUGUUACCAGGAAUUUAGUAAAGUGUACCAGUGUGGGUGUAAAACAGUCAUGUUACUGUACAACCUCUUAACUGUAAACACUCAGCUGUACCAUAAUAGAUUCUAAACUUGUAUCUGUAUGGGCAAUUUUGAGUGAUGUUACGCUAUGAUAAAGUGAUGGAAGCAACAUGAGAUUCUACGUUAAAUGGUAUUAGAUUUUGUGGUGUUUUUCUUAUUGCUUCUGUUGUUACUGACGGCCAUAAUCUGGUUGCAGGC